UUUGAUCGGCAAAAGGUAAUCUUUUCCCUAGCCUUCAAAAUUUAAUUUUCAAACUAAAUCUCCAAGUCUCAGCCUUGGCAGCAGCAUGUCGUAGUGGCUGGCAGAGGAGGAGGAGGCCCCAUCAUGACUGCAAAGUCCGGCUACAAGCCCGUCACGCACAUCAUCUUCGACAGUGAUGGCACCGUCAUGGACACCGAAAAUAUCUACACAGAUGCCAUCAAUGAGAUUGUCGUGCCGUUCGGCAAGACCUACACCUAUGAGAUGAAGCUGCGGUACAUGGGCAUGCCGGCAAUGCAGUCCGCUCAACAGCUGGUCACGGAGCUGCAGCUGCCACUGACCCCCCUCGAGUACCUCAAGAUAUUCGAUGCUGUGGUCUUUAGGCGCAUCCAGAAUGUGCAGCUGAUGCCGGGUGUCAGGGAUUUGAUCCUGCACCUGCACGAUCAUCGCAUCCCCAUGGCCAUUGCCACCAGCUCGGUGCGGGCCGCCUUCAAUACCAAGUCGGCGCCGCACAGGAAUCUGCUGCCGGCGCUGCAUCACGUUGUCUGUGGCAAUGAUCCGGAGCUGGGGCUGGGCAGGGGCAAGCCACUGCCGGACAUCUUCUUGCUGGCCGCCUCCCGUUUCCACCCGCCGCCCGAGCCCAGCAAGUGUCUGGUGUUCGAGGACUCGCCCAACGGCCUGCAGGCGGGCAUUGCGGCUGGCAUGCAGGUGGUGCUGAUACCCGAUCCCCGAGUGCCCGCGGCAAUGCGGAGUGGCGCCACUCAGGUGCUCGACUCGAUGGCGGAGUUUCAGCCUCAACUAUUCGGUCUGCCCCACUACGACACCUGUUCAAAGUUUGAAUUUGGAUAGGCAGCUCCCUAUCCGUUUUCAUCCAUCAAAAUUCAACAUAAAUUUCAGUAGAAUUAAUAUAAUAAAAAUUGCACGCGUAGAAACCCAAAAAAAAAA